GUCAAGUCUGCCGUCAUCGGAACCCUACACACUUCACUAUCAGUCGGCCAUGCAUGAAAAUAUAUAGAUAAGAACAAUCCCCAAAAUUCAGAAUACAGAUUUCAAUAUCUCUCAAUUCAUUAGUCUAUUUUGACACCGUAGGACAUCACUUUAGUUACCGUGAUGCUGUCACAUACUUCUCAUCAUCCUAAUGGAUCUUCCUCAGCGACACCAUCAAAUGUACCAGUAGAACUUCAAUUGUUCGAUAACCUCCACCAGAACCAUACCACUUCAUAUACUCUCAAGAAUUCCAAUGCUGAAACCCCAACAUCAGCAACUGUAACGGAUUUAGAGGCAGAUGCUAGAAUAGUGGGAGAGGGAAUUGGGAGCACAAGCGACACGGAAGCAGAACUUCAGGCCGAGGACCCGGAAAGAGUUUAUCAACAACUGAAACCUGUAGAUGGGGGACCAGCAGCAUGGAAGUUGCUGAUUGCGGCGUUUGUAUUCGAGGCGAUUUUAUGGGGUUUCCCCAUCUCCUUCGGAGUCUUCCAAGACUACUACUUCACGCUCCCCCAAUUUGCCGCCUCCAAAUCCCAAAUCGCCCUCGUCGGAACCAUCUCCCAAGGUCUCUGUUACCUCGGCGCCCCCCUCUCCGCCUCCCUCACCAAGCGAUUUCCCAAACACCAAACACAUCAAAUCUGGUUCGGCCUCCCGGUCUGCAUACUCGGUCUCGUAGCCGGUUCCUUCUGUGACACCAUACAAGGAUUAAUUUGGACCCAGGGCGUGAUGUACGGUUUCGGAUUCCUCAUCCUCACCUAUCCUAUCAUAAGUAUGAUAAACGAAUGGUGGAUUGCGAGGAAAGGAAUGGCAUUUGGAAUCAUCAGCGCAGCGAGUGGAGUGAGUGGUGCGGGAAUGCCGUUUAUUAUCCAAUUUCUGCUGGAGAGAUAUGGAUACAAGACUGCGCUGAGGAUUAUCUCAGUUGGAAUGACGAUUUUGACGGUUCCUUUACUGCCGCUUCUAAAAGGGAGAUUGCCACCAAGUGAACGCAGUAGAUUGGCCCGCACAAAUUGGGGGUUUCUGAAAGAAAAACUCUUUUACAUUUAUGGAUCUGCAACAUUGAUUUACGGAAUGGGAUUUUUCUACCCUGGGGUUUACCUGCCUUCUUUCGCGACCAAUAUUGGGUUGAGCGGUACGCAGGGAGCUGCGAUAUUGGCCGUCAUGAGUGUGGCGCAAGUCGCGGGUCAAUUUGCUUGCGGAUAUCUAUCGGAUAAGAAUUUCUCGGUCAAUGCUCUUUCGAUGGGUUGUUUGAUUAUGGCAACUAUCUCCUCAUUACUACUAUGGGGUUUUGCGAAAUCGAUGGGUUUGCUAAUUGCGUAUGGGAUUGUGUAUGGAUUUUUUGGAUACGGGUUUAGUACGAUGAGAGUGGCGAUGGGAAAACUAAUUUGUAGUGAUCCGGCCAGUGUGGUAAGUAUUUAUUCUAUCUUUAUUUGUUUGCAGGGAGUGGGUAAUGUAUUGGUUGGUCCGAUCAGUGGGGGGUUAUUAGGGGAUAGGGUCGUGCUUGGGGGCUACGGGGUAGAGAGGUAUAAGGAUAUGAUUAUAUAUACAGGGUGUUGCAUGGCGGGGUGUGCGGGGGUUAUUGGAGGGUGGUGGUUGAGACCUAGGGGGUUGGUGAGUGGGUAGGAAGGGAAGCGAAGGGUAGGGCAGAGUAGAAGAGCUGAUCUAUAAAGCUUCCGAGGCAGAUAUCUUAUAUACUCUUUAUAUCUAUACUCCAAAAAUUGAAAUGAAUCAUACACUCAACA